UGUGUGCGUGCGCAUCCGUGUGUGUGUGUGUGUCUCUAUGUCUAUGUGUGUUAGUACGUGUGCAUAUUGUGUGUGUGGAGUGUUUUGUAUGUGGGUAUGUCUGUCUUCUGUGUUUUCAACCUUUUCUUGUUUUUGCAGGUACAAUUUUAAUUAUUUUGCUUAUAGUCAAUAUGUCUCAUGUACAGCUGCUUUGUAACAAUGAAAAUUGUAAAAGUGCUAUAUAAAUAAAGUUGAGUUGAGUUGAGUUGAGUGACUGACCGCUUUUAUUGACAAACUUCAGAAAAUAAAACGGUGUCUGAGCUAUAGUGUGACGAAUGCUUCACUUUGGGUUUGAUAUCAAUAUGCCCACGUCACACUUAACCCCGAAAUUAAGAGAGAAAACAGGACAUUAUUUUGCAUACAGAAUAUAAAGCACAUUUGCAGGACAAUCAUUUUUGGGCACAGCAACAUCAUUCAACGAUGCUGACAAUUGAGUCAUUCAUUCAUUUAUUGUUUCACAAAAGAACGAUAAAAGAACAAAAGUGUCUGUGUUGUCUCUGACAGAGAUUACUGUACUAUAAUGUUUAUGAAUCGAGCAACUGUUAAGGUUUCUGGGCUGUGGCUGAUUUUUGAUUUCACAAUCUACAAACUCAACUCGAUUUCUUAUUCACAACCAGGAUGUAAGACUUAUCAGUUCCAUUUAGUCAUACAUUGAUUUUGAUAAAAGCAUAUUGCUGUAAAAUGUUAUCACUAUAGUGAGAUACUGUUGCUGACGUUUUCUGAAACUCACCUUGCUUGGUGACUUUUACAACUGACUUUGAUGAACUUGAUUUACAGGCUGGCCUAGAUAUUUUACAGCAGAGGGGUAUGAACAUAAAAGCAUUUUACACUUAAAGUUUAUAUUUUCCCCCACAGAGGACAUUUAAUCUUAAAGGAAGGAUUGUUAUAGACCUGAACCCUGUUUUAGGACAAUAAUAAAGAAAUUGCUUUUAAAUAUGAUUGUGAACUGGACAUAGUUUUAGCUUUGACUGUUGGUUGAACAACAGCUAAAUGAUCAUGGCUUUUCUUCAGACUAGGAAUCAGCUUAGGCAUGAGAAUACCAAAGUAACAUCAGCAGUAAAACAUCAGCAUCUGCAGUUACAGGCUCUCUGAGAUCAAUAAGAAACAGAUCCUAUUCCUUUUAUUGGCCAUUCUCCCAGCAAAGCAUGGCAAGGUGAAAGAAAGAGCCCGCCCAUGCACCAAGUGACGAGCGAUAGGAAGACCCGCUUAUCAAGAUUGUCUGCACUGUGUCAAGAUUGGCUGCGCUGUGUCAAGAUUGGCUGCGCUGUGUCAAGAUUGGCUGCGCUGUGGGCCUGCAGCUACAGCUCGUUACUCUUGCGAUCGUGAGAGAAGAGCACAUGCAGACCAGAGGGGAAGUGUUUAAUGAGAGCUCCUGUCUGGCUUGAGUGCUCUUCACGCUGCUGGAUUGAGAAGCCACGGGUCAUGGGAGGAGCCUGAAUAUCGGUCACACACGGAGGAGCCCACUAGACCGAUGAGGGGUGAGUACGAGCCUGCGAGCGAGUGUCACUCUACCAGUGCCUCUGUGACACAGUCUCCUCCUACUCCUCUUGAUGGCAUAUUAAUGAAGCUCACACAUAAUGCCAGAGCACAAUCCUGGGGCAGGAGAAUCGAGUCAUCUUUCUUCACCUACAGCUCCAAGAAGGGGAAACUUUCCUUGCACUGCUUGCACGAACACUAUUGAAGACUUGAUGAAAAUGACCGGGAUACUAUUUAAGUUUUUUGCGUUGAGUUAUUGCCUUUGUUUUGGAGAAGGAAUUACGGAGAAUUCAGAAUCGACGGGGAAGAAACAGUACCAGAUCCAGAACGGUCCAUGUUCUUACACCUUUCUGCUGCCGGAGCCGCAGAACUGUGGAGGACCUUCAAGCUCCUACAACCAAGUUCAGCGUGAUGACCUGGUGGACUACGACAGCUCGGUCCAAAGACUGGAACAACUGGAGAACGUCAUGGAGAACAACACGCAAUGGCUGCAGAAGCUGGAGAACUACAUCCAGGACAACCUCAAACAAGACAUGGCCCAACUCCAACACGACGCCGUACAAAACCACACGGUGACCAUGAUCAGGAUCGGGACGAGUCUACUGAGUCAGACGGCUGAGCAGACGCGAAAAAUCACUACUGUUGAAGCCCAGGUUAUUAAUCAAACAACUCGACUCGAACGUCAGCUUCUUGAGAACUCCAUUUCCACCAGCAAACUGGAAAAAGAUAUUCAGCUGCAGAUAAAUGAAAUCAGCAAACUGCAUGAAAAGAACAGCUUCCUAGAAAAGCGAGUGGAGGAAAUGGAAGGGAAGAGAAACACAGAGCAGGACAACUUAAAGGAGGAGAAAGAGCAGCUGAAGAAGCUGGUGGAGAAGCAGACCAGCAUUAUAAAAGAGAUGGAGCAGCAGCUGCUCCGCGCCUCCUCUGACAACUCUGCCAUGAAACAGCAGCAGCUGGAGUUGACCAACAUCGUCAACAAUCUAAUUCACACCAUCUCUCCGGGUGGCAGUUCAGCGAUGAUGCAGGAUAACCCAGACCAGUACAAUGACUGUGCUGCAGUAUUCAAGUCAGGGAACAAAGAAAGUGGGGUCUAUUCACUGAUCAUACCUGAUACAAAGCAACAAUUUAAGGCCUACUGUGACAUGGAAACAGAUGGAGGUGGAUGGACGGUCGUACAGAAGCGCUUCAAUGGCCUGGUUGAUUUUCAUCAAACGUGGAAGAACUACACGGCGGGCUUUGGUGACGUCUCUGGUGAGCAUUGGCUGGGAAAUCAAUUCAUCUCCAAGCUGACACAAGCAAAGCAGCAUGUGCUGAGGAUAGAGCUGAUGGAUUGGGAGGGAAACACAGCCUUUUCCAAAUACCAGCAGUUUUCCCUCGAUGGAGAGAAGCAGAACUACAGGAUACACAUCAGCGGUUACAGCGGAACAGCCGGGAGAACCAGUAGCAUGGGCCAGCCAGGCAGUGACUUCAGCACAAAGGAUGUAGAUAAUGACAAAUGUGUUUGCAAAUGCUCACAGAUGCUCUCAGGAGGUUGGUGGUUUGAUGCAUGUGGACCUUCCAAUCUCAAUGGCGUGUACUACCAGCAGGGGCAGAACACAAAUCGUUUCAAUUGCAUCAAAUGGUACUACUGGAAAGGUUCUGCAUAUUCACUAAAGGCCACGACUAUGAUGAUAAGACCAGCAGACUUCUAAACCGCACGAUCUUCACUGAAGUCAUUGCUUUCCUAUCCAAUAGGAAAGGUCUGACCUACAUGCACUUCUUAUAGACUUCUGUUUAGAAGACAAAGCAGCUUUGUUAAGGUGUUACGCUGUUAAUGUAUUUAAUACAACAACAUAACGUGACCUUGGAUGGAGCAUCACCAAAGUAAAAGGAAACAUGAAUUCUUCUUGCGAGCGACAGGUGUUGUAAUCGGGACACACACCUGCAGAUUGACCUACCUUGAAGCUUCACAAGAUUUCUGACAUCAUGUAUAUGUCGAGACAACCAGAACUAGUAUUUUCUAUUUUUAGGGUGUUUAUUUUUAUGUAAUGAAUGUAUUGUAAAUACUAGAUUAUUUGCAAAUUUUGGUUUUAUAUAAUGUCAAUGUGACUAUGGUACAAGAGUAAAUUAAACAAAUAAUGCCUGAUCAAAUGUUAAAGCUGUCGUUUACACAUGGUUUAAUGCUUUGGGCCUUUUAAACCACACAGAUUUUUUUAUGGUGGGCUACAUGUUGACGGUCAUGUAAAUGCUCAGUUACAGUCAUAUAAUGAAAGAUAUGAGCACCGUUUUUCAAAUUCAACCAAAUGACCAAAAUACUGUCCAUGUAGGUAUUUCUAUGACGUAGUGUGUCCUACAGUACACUUGGUGAAAUGAGAAGUAAAUAUAUCGUAUGUUUAGACUUCAAGUGUCCUGAUACUAUCUGUACAUUCUGUUUUCAUCUUCAGUUAACCUGUUUGUAAUGAUAUCUGGACAGCGACUGGUAGAAACUACCAUUACUAAACUAUUGUGACUUAGAGAAUAACUUAUUUGCUAUACAUAC